GUCAGCAGCAGCGGCAGUCUAUUGAUGGCGUGAUGCCAAGCUGUCAUUUGCGCAUCAAUGGCCGACCUGUGAAAGAUUUAUUCGCCGCGGACAUGAUCGAUGCCUAGCCGUUGCGCAGCUUCCUGUAUCGCCAACGACUGCGCAGCUGCCAGUCGCCUACAACUGGCUUUCGGAGUAUCCGGGGCCAACUCACUCGUCUUUUCCUACCUCCGACCCGGUUCAAGCAUAAACAGACGCUACUCCGGUAACGGCCGAACGCGCGCCGAUCGUAACCUCGCCGCGGCGUUUGUUGAAUGAAGGGCUGACAUCCGCCAUAACUCGAGCCCCCACCACCAUCACCCCCGUACAAACCGCUGCCGCCUCCUCCUUCGAAUCGACGCCGUCAUGCCAGGCUCCCUCUCCAGGUCGCGGGAAUCCAUGGAGCGUCGGCCCCUCCUCCCCAAACCGCAGGUGGACAGCUCGCACCUGAGGAAGCGCGGAGCUUUUAGUCCAUAUCGACGUGUGCUGUUGGCGACUUUUUUGCUUUCGACCACAUUCGCCUUUACUGCCACACCGCUCACGUAUGGGUACCGGCUAUUCAACUGCGAGGAGUACUACAAAACGCACCCACCAUAUGAGGGCGAUGGCGAUGCGUGCGCGGUGCCCGCGAUCGAGGCGAGGACAGCGAAGGACAUCACGGUCAUGCUCUGUCUAGCGACGCUGAGCGGCACAAUCAAUCUCAUCUUCACGACCUGGCAAAUCAACCACUGGGGCCUCCGCAAGGCCAUCGUGCAGCAAACCUUCUGGCCUGCCCUCCGGAACCUGUGUCAGAUAUACGCUAUCACCGUGGGCGGCGCGACGGGGAUCCAGAUCAUCAACGGCACCCAGCUCAUCACCAUCCUCGGUGGCGGCGCUGGUUAUCUUUUGUCGGCGAAUGCGUAUAUGGCAGAGGUCGUCGAGCCGGGUGAGCGGACGGCCGCCUUUGGGGUCCUGGCCGGGAUGGCGAUGCUCGGUGUGGCUAUAGGCUACAUCGGCGGCGGGGUGGUUUGGGCGCUGGUCAGAUUCGAGACCCCGUUCCAGAUCACUUUCUGCUUACUCGUUCUAUCUACGCUCUUCACCGCCUUCUUCCUGCCGUACAUCCCGCCCGGCGGCUUCCCCUUGCGCAGUGGCACAGCAUCGAACCCCGUUUCUCCCGAACGCGACGUCAAGACGACCUCGUUCUUUUCGUUCCUGCGCCCACUGGGGAUCUUCUGGCCUGCCAAGUAUGCGGACGGGAGCGGGCGAUUCUGGGGUGUCUCUCUCUUGGGCUUUGGCGCUUUCACUUCUGUGAUGUCGACCGGAUACGUGGCAAGUCCUGUCCCGCUCUCCGAUAUAGUGCUACCUCUCACUGCUCGCCAGCCUCUCAUGCUGCAGCUUACCGCGACCAACAAGUACGGCUUCAAGCCCGUCGAUAACGGCUUACUAAUGUCUUGCAACUCACUCUCUCGGGCCGCUUUCCUCACGCUCGUUUUCCCUCGGAUCAUCUCUCGUGGACGCAAGUACCUGUCCUCCCGAACGGCGGCCGACGACAACGCACUUCCACCUGCGGAAAGCUCGUGCACUCGCAAGCCGAUACACGGGAGCGCCUUUGAUCUCGAGUUUCUUCGAUUCUCAAUGAUAAUAGACUCGAUCCUUAUCGGCAUUCUCAUCUUCUCCUGCCGCAGCGGCCAUAUCUGGGCGGCGGCUCUGAUCACCCCGCUUGCUUCUGGCACGGCCCCAGCGUGCAAGGGUGUGCUGCUGGACAUGGUGCCUGCCAAGUCCAAGGCGGAGGCACUGGCAGGCAUCGCGCUGAUUGAGACGGCGGCGAACAUCUUCACUGCGACGCUGUAUGGCGCGCUGUUCGCGUGUUUGUCGCGUGCGGGCCUGCCCAACUUGAUCUUCCUGUACAACUCGGUCACGGCGCUCGCUGCUGCGCUGGUGCUGUUUGCUGUGCGCUAUCCAAGAGGGAAGCUGGUCGGUCAAUGACGUUACGUGCGAUUGCUCUAUCCUACACCCUCAUCUAUUCUAUCCGGGAAAUAUUGCUAGAACCAUAAUUUGGAUUCUCGUGUAUUGUAGCAUUUUGUAAGUAGUAGUCAGUGGAGUAGUAAGUAGUCAUCGGAGAUAUCGAGCAUCUAUAGUACUUUGGUAGCUUCUGGACUAGGAUCGGCGAGAGAUGUGGGUCCUCCACAAUCCGAAGGCACGCUUGUUAUGUCGCGUCACAUCUCGUCCAAUGGCAAAGCUCAGAAUCCAAGAACGGUGACCAGAAGACCUACUCGAUGGGGCAGCGGUGACUUUCUUGACCGUUUGAAGCAACGCUCAUUCAAGAUUGAGCGAACGCACACAACCCACAAGAAAUGCAUCCUCUCAUCGUUCUCUCGCUGCUCCCCAUCCUGGCCCUCAGGAUCUUCGCGCAGACUUUGACUUGCGGGGACUCUGACUACUUGCCGACCAAAGUAGGCACCUGCGCGUUCACUUCGUGCGAGUGAUCCGACAGGCGAUUUUAGUACACCUAUUUCGACGACAACUUCCUCUGCCCGAUCGUUAACAACGACAAGGCUAGCGACGCGGACGCGCUCCGGCGCUGCGGAUACGCGUGUUACUCGACCAAGUCUUAUACGUCAGUCUCGUCUCUCUGAAGCUUGCGUGCAGGAACUGUCAGUGACUCGGCCACUCGGUAGGUGCAAUGAUACCUUGCUGGAGCCUGUGAUCGCUGGCCAAGACCCGCUGGAGACCUGCGGCGACGUUCGAUUCUAUCCCAACGAGGUACGGCGCCAGGUUCUCUGCGGUUCUCGACCAAGCUCAUUCGGAUUCGCAAAUACCUCUGCGUCGACGGGAACUACCUGUGCCCUCUGAUUGAUGGGACCGGCUACCUGCGCUGCGGAGACGCCUGCUAC